AUGGAAAUUUUUGCAAUAUGUUUAACGUGCUUUUGUGGAAUUGGAAAAGCAGUGGCUGUCUAUGUCGCUAUUCUUUAUCGGUACUAUCAGGUAAGCGAUACCCUACCCUUCUCUACCCUACCCUAACCUACGGCUUUGCCUGUCUAGCCCAGGACAGUCCAGCUCAACCUAACACAGCCCAGCCCGACUUAGUAUAGCCUAGCCGAGCUCGAGCCAACCCAGUUUAGCCCUAACUCUUGUUUUGCCUUGUCCUGACUACCCCCUACCUUUUUAUUGCCGCAACCUUUUUCCUUACCUUACCCUUGGCUUUACCUUUUUACCGCUAUAUGACCUUAAAUAUUUACCCUACUGUAUCCUACCUUACCCUACUAUACCGUACUUUAUAUUUACUAAUCUGACUCAUCUUUUAAGGCAUUAUCAGACCACUACCAUGAAACAUUAAAGCGGUUAGUGAAGCAAAACAUCCCUUUGUGGACGGCUGUGUUCUGUGUAAUAUGCUUUUCAAUUCUGGUGAGUUCAUUUUAAACUAUGCCAUUUUAUAUCUAACCCGUAAGAUCUUACCAAAAAUGGCAUUUUUAAAAUUUUUUUGUAAUUUACAUUUUAAAAAUUUUAAAAAAAUUUCAAAGUACAUAAAUCUUGAAAAAAAAAUUUUCAGUACCCAUUAUCGACCGGUCGAGCAUCAGAAGAUCAGAUAGCUCAAAUAGCUUCAGAAAACCCUGUCAUUUUGAAGGUACAAAAAGAAGAACCAGCUUUUAUGUGUUUGGAUGGAGGAUGGGGCGGUCAAAUGACAGCUGCCUAUAUCAAUUUAACUAUAUUUAUAGUUACUUUCGUAGUAACAGUAGUGAUGGUUUUGUAUCAUUUGAAAAAGAUUAUGAGCGAUCAAAAGCUUUAUAUGAGUAAAUAUACGUAUAGGGUUCAGGUGGGUUAAUAUAGAGCUUUAUAUAUAGAUGUAGGCUUAAAAUGACAAGAACUUUCUUUACAUAAUGGAAAAUAGCAAGAACUUUCUUUACAAAACAAACAUUUUUGUUCAUCGUAUAACUUGUCACCUGCAGGCUGCACCUUGCUUAAUUUUGGAUUUUUUAUCUCAAAAAUAGCAAGAACUUUCUCUACAUAACAAAAAAUGGCAAGAACUUUCUUUACAAAACAAUAAAUGGCCAAAACUUUCUUUACAAAACUAAAAAUGGCAAGAACUUUCUUUCCAAAUUAAAAAAUUACGAAAAGUUUUUUUACAGAAUUUAAAAUGGCAAAAACUUUCUUUACAAAACUAGAAAUGGCAAGAACUUUCUUUCCAAUCUUCUUUUUCAUUUAAAAAUUUUUCAGUUGAUGCUCUUCAAAUCUAUUCAAAUCCAGUUAAUAUGCCUAGCUGUUAUCGUAACAUCCCCUUUAUCAGUUGGUAUGUUAGUUAUAAUUUUUGACCUAGCCAGACCACCAGUGGUUGUUAUGCUGGGAACGGCGGUUAUGUCUAUUCACAGCACGUUGGACUGUGCUAUAUUAAUGUAUUAUGUUCGGCCUUAUCGAGAGUUUUUGAAGAGUAUAACAAAGUUUGGCAGUACUACUGAUGUCAAGAGUGUUGUGUGGAUUGGCAGUAGGAGCUCGAGGAUUAGCGAUUGA